AUGAUGGUAAAUGAUACUGUUAUGGAUGUUAAGAAGAGAGUAAUGCAUGAGGAAAAGUGGCCUAAAGACUUUUUACCAGUAAGUGAAGUUGGUAGAUUACGCAUAUUUUGUGGAGGUAAAGAGUUAGAAGAUACUAAGACUUUGACUGAGACCAAGAUAAUGGUUAAUCCAACUGUGCCUACACCUAUUCAUGUUAGUGCUGUACCUAAAUCUCUUCAAGCUGAGAAUGGAGAUUCCGGUAGUAAAGGGAAACAUUCUCAGUGCUUCUGCACUAUAAUGUGA